AUGGCUGCGGUAGACCUUGGUCGAUAUCGUCGCAUCGUCCAGAUGUUCUGGGACCCUGAACCCACUAACGACCACCAGAACGACCUUCCCGUCUGGUGCUUGGGACGCUCCUACACGCUGAGCACCAAGAUUUCGAAAGACGACCGAGGCGACCAAAGUCAGACCCCACCUCCAACCGAUGCCACAGAAGCAACAAAGGAACGAAGCGUUACCCAAGGAUCAACCUUGGCGCCAGCAUCACAUCAUCUUAAAGAGCCUAAUACUCCGCCAGAGUCUGUAUCCAGUAGCUUCUCGUCUUCACUCGCAUACGAUGAGGACUAUUCCGGCCAAGAUGGUGGAUGGCCAACUGCAUUCCUAGACGAUUUCGAAUCCAAGUUCUGGAUGACAUAUCGUUCAGAAUUUCCAGCCAUCGCAAAGUCCACAGACCCUCGAGCCUCAUCGGCUCUAUCUUUCUCAAUGCGCAUCAAGAGCCAGCUAGUGGACCAGAAUGGUUUCUCGUCCGACAGCGGCUGGGGAUGCAUGAUACGAUCAGGCCAAAGCUUAUUGGCAAAUGCGAUGGCAGUAAUCAAUCUAGGGCGUGACUGGCGAAGGGGCCAAAACCAGGAAGAAGAGCGCAAGCUUCUCUCAUUAUUUGCUGAUGACCCAAGGGCGCCGUAUUCCAUCCAUCAGUUUGUUCAACAUGGUGCAGUUGCAUGCGGGAAGUACCCUGGAGAGUGGUUCGGUCCUUCUGCAACCGCUCGAUGUAUACAGGCUCUUGCCAACGCUCAGAUGCACCAGCCUUUACGUGUGUAUUCCACCGGGGACGGGCCAGACGUUUAUGAAGACAAGUUUAUGAAGAUCGCCAAGCCUGACGGCUCAAGAUUCCAUCCGACCCUUAUUCUGGUGGGCACUAGACUAGGAAUCGACAAGAUCACCCCGGUGUACUGGGAGGCUUUGAUAGCUGCCCUUCAAAUGCCACAGUCUGUCGGCAUCGCAGGAGGUCGCCCCUCGUCUUCCCAUUACUUCAUUGGCGCACAGGGAUCUUACUUGUUCUAUCUCGAUCCGCACCACACUAGACCCGCGCUCCCUUUUCAUAUGAACCCUUCUCUGUACAGUGAAGCAGAUGUCGAUACGGUGCAUACCCGACGUUUGCGCCGCCUUCAUGUGAGAGAAUUAGACCCCAGCAUGCUCAUAGGCUUUCUGAUUCUGGACGAGGACGACUGGGACGAGUGGAGGCGGAAUGUUAAGCACGUACAGGGCAAAGCAGUGAUUCAUGUUGCCGAUCACGACCCCAUUUCGAGAGGAGGCGAGGGCGAAAGAGAGAGUGCUAUAGACGAAGUUGAGACACUAAGCGAUGACGAUGGUGAUACCAUCCUGAAUGCUUGA